UCGAAGUGUCAAUUAUUGGAAGUUGUUUUUUUGUUAGUUUGUAUUUUAAAGGACGUCAAAUGCAGCUGCCGCCAGUUGCGUUAUGUCGAGGGAAUUAAGCAUAAAUCAAAUGGUAAAAGUUGAGAACAUAUUUGUGGCUUGUGAUGAGAUAAAAGUGAAGGAAGAAAUAGUCGAAGGUGGACUGUUUGACGAACUAGAGAGCAAGCUUAAGGUAAAAUGCGCCGAAGUAUUCGCUUUGUUCGGAGGAAAUCUCAUCCUAGUUUGUGCAUUUUGCAAUGCAAACUUCGACGAUAUGCAACCUCUCGGAGAACAUUUGCGCGAGAAUCAUUCUGAAGAGUUCUUCAUGAGGGAUGACUGCAACGAUGAGGAAACCCUGGAAGUCUCUAUGGAAAUACCGGUGGACCCGGUUGGCUCGCCUGCUUUAAGGGAUACUACCGGCAACGAAUCAAAUGAUAGCCUCCUCAUAAAGUCAAAUCAAUUGUGCAAUGAGGAGAGGCCUUAUGCGUGCGAAAACUGUGGAGUUACCUACAAAAAUCGGAGGAAUCUGGUGAGGCAUCGGCAGAAAGACAAAUGCGAACAGUUCGAGGUGUUAAGUUCUCCAGAAAUGGCGCGUAGAGCUGCUCUUCGUAUAUAUUGUGAUAAUUGUGGUGUGUCGUACAAAAAUCGCAGAAAUCUGGUGAGACAUCAAAAGAAAACAGGAUGCCGGCAAAAGGGAGGAGAGUGCUCGGGUAGGCGUCCGGCUAAAAGUAUGCGAUUGGGCACAGAAAUCGUCAAAUCGAGUAUUGGAUUGGAUGUAAAAGCCGAAAAUGACGCGGUCGACCCAACAACUCUAAAUCAAACUAACAUGACAGACCACCAACUGCCGGAAGAAAACCACUUAUCGCCAUGUGAAACUAAAGUCGCAGAAAGUGAUUAUGUAAUGCAAAGUGAGGACGAAACCAGCAGUAAGUUUGCAUCUCGUCCUGGUUCAGAAAACUCAAAUCAGUUUGGACACGACUCAACCUUUUGUUCAGAAAUGGAUGAUAAAUACUCAUGUAACAUUUGUGGGAUACACCAUCAAAGCGAGGAGGCGUUGAAUCUCCAUUUGGAGGGGCAUGAAAACAACAAAGAUACCGGGCAAAUCGAUACCGAGUGGUCCUGCUUUCCAUGUGGGCGACAAUUCGAUAGCAAGAAGGCACUUUCCAAUCAUCAACGUCGCCACAAACAAUUUGCUAAUACGAAGCCGCAAAUAUCCAAAGAACCAACUGAAAACGAAACAAAUAUCCCGAAAAAUCCAGAUCUCUAUUGCGACCUCUGCAAUCGCUACUUUAAGAACAAACAGAGUCUCCACAGCCACGUUGGCGCGCACGAUUCUCUGCCCCAAGUAUUACAGGACGACCCCGACAUCUUGAAGUGUAAGUUUUGCUAUCAAGAGUUUUCCAAAUAUGCUGACCGAAAAGCACAUGAAAGUACACACACAGGAAGUCGCCCGUAUGAGUGCCUCCACUGCCGAAAAGGAUUCGCCUCAAACUUGAGUCGUAAGUCUCAUACCCGCAUCCACACUGGUGAGUCUCCUUUCCGAUGCGAUCGAUGCUUUAAAGUGUUCCGCGACAAAUACGACCUCAACCGCCACAUCGAACGCCACCUGAACAUCCGCAACGUUGCCUGUGAAUUAUGCGAGAAACGAUUCUACCACAAGCACCAGUUGGAACUUCACAUGCGAACGCAUACCAAGGAGCGACCCUACGUCUGUGAGGACUGCGGCAAAACAUUUGUAGUACUACCCCAGCUGAAGGAUCAUCAGUUGCGGCACAUUGGAAUUAAAAAUGUAAAGUGCGAAGUCUGCGGUCGCCUGUUCUAUUCAAAAAGUGUUCUGAAAGUUCAUAUGGCUUCACACUCUGAUGAAAAACCAUUUGAAUGCAACGUUUGUGGAAGACGCUUCUCUAGGGCGAAGGCUAUGCAAAAGCAUAUGAAAUUACACUCAGGCGUAAAAAAAUAUGUUUGUAAUAUUUGUGGAAAAGCGUACGCUCAAGACUCAGGACUGUACGCCCACAAAAAGACACACGCGAGGCAAAUGUAGCGAAAAUUGUGUGAGAAAUAAAGUGUUGAAAUUUAAA